AUGGCCAGUAAUCAAUACUACAACUACGACCAGCAGCAUCUGCCGCCGCUUCGGAAUCAUCAGUCUCCUUCGCCGUUAUCGAAUUUCGGCCAGCACGACGCGCCCUCGCCGCAAGCGACACCUGCACCGUCCUACCACUCGAACUACCCUCCGCCUGGCGCUGCUCCUUAUUCCAGCAACAGCCAUCAGGAUCUGCCGGCUCGUAGCGCCACGCAAUCGCCGUUCGCUACCGUCUUCGAUGAUAACGCAUACCCUGCAAACUCCAGCUCGAGGCAGGAUUUGAUUUCCACGCCAAAUGACAUGUCGUCCCACCAGCAGGGCUACUACCAGCAGGAUACUGGGUACUUCGGGGCCCAGGCAGAGUCCCCAAACCAAAGCCGAAACCCAGGCUCUACAGAUGCCAUCCUCCUACAGGAUCGACCGAAACAUGAUGCCGAGUCCGGAUUUAACGAUCACAUCUACGAUGCCCCCACUCGAGGGCCUUCCGGCCGUAAGAAGAAGGGAAAGAGAAAGGUGCAGCUGGGCGAAUUAGGCAUGUUUGGAUCCGACAAGAAGAGAAUACCAUUCGUGGUCUAUAUCUUCACCAUCGCGCAGGUAGCCGUUUUUAUUGCAGAGCUUGUCAAGAUGGGCAUGUUAACGGGCACCCCCAUUAUGCUCAAGCCCCAAUUUAACUUUAUGAUCGGGCCAUCGCCGUUUGUGAUGAUCAACAUGGGUGCACGUUACGGCCCCUGUAUGCGCCCUGUUCCCGAGAUCGAGAAUUGGAGGCCGACGGAUGAGGACAUUGCAAAAGGGAACCGGCCCUCCGUAGGCACGCUGGUUAACUUCCCUUGCCCAAAUGCGACAACUUCGGAUAAUAUCUGUCCUUUGUGGGAAGCCUGUGGUUUCAAUGAAGCAGCAAGAGGUCAACCUAAAUGGGGCGAGGUAGUCUCAGAUCUACCAAGGCAGUGGUUCCGUUUCAUCACUCCCAUGUUCAUGCAUGCGGGUAUUAUUCACAUUGCGUUCAACAUGUUGCUUCAGUUGACACUUGCAAGGGAUAUGGAAAAGGCUAUCGGAUCCAUCCGCUUUUUCAUUGUCUACGUUAGUUCUGGCAUCUUUGGGUUCGUCAUGGGAGGCAACUAUGGUCCCCCCGUUGACGCUUCGACUGGUGCGUCUGGCGCUCUCUUCGGAAUCUUGGCCCUGACCCUGCUCGACUUGCUCUACUCCUGGAAGCAGCGAAAGAGUCCAGUGAAGGAUUUGAUGUUUAUUUUGCUCGAUGUCAUCAUCUCCUUCGUUCUUGGCCUGCUGCCUGGUCUGGACAACUUUGCUCACUUGGGAGGUUUCCUUUGCGGUUUGACCCUGGGCAUUUCUGUCCUACACUCGCCCAACUCCCUGAGGCUCAAGAUCGACAAUGAUGCCGCCUACUCAACUGUCCCAGGCGACUCAGAGCAAGAGGCUCAGCCUUUCUUAAAGAACCCAGUCGGCUUCUUCAAGGGAAGAAAGCCACUUUGGUGGGCGUGGUGGCUGAUUCGUGCAGGAGCCUUGGUUCUUGUCAUCGUUGUCUUCAUUGUCCUCAUCAACAACUUCUACACUACCAGGGCUACCUGCAGCUGGUGCAAGUACCUCAGUUGCUUGCCUGUCAACAAUUGGUGUGAUGACUUUAAGUGGCAGUAA